AAUUACAAAAGAGAUAUUCCCAUGUUUUGAAGAAAUUUUCCACAGUAAAUGCAGCUAAAUGUCUCACAGAUAAGAGAUAAAUUGGAAUAAACAGCUGUCAGUGUUAAAUAAAUAUCCUGGAUAAUGUACAGGACAGAAAUAACUACAACAUCGUCAAACUCUUCUCUUCACUUUAUUUAGCUGUUCUUGCAUGUAGCUCCCAAUCUUUCCACUGCUCCAGUUAGUGAAGCAUUUAUUUUUGAGUCAGCUGCAUUUCUUAAGACAGUAACAACGAAAGGCAUUUCCUGAGAAGCUGCAAGGAUGAGCAGCAAGAAAGAGCAACAGCUAAGAAAAUAUGGGACCCUUGUAGUGCUUUUUGUCUUCCAAGUUCAGAUUUUUGGUUUUGAUGUUGACAAUCGACCUACAACAGAUGUCUGCUCAACACACACAAUUUUACCUGGACCAAAAGGGGAUGAAGGUGAAAAAGGAGACAGAGGAGAAGUAGGCAAACAAGGAAAGGUUGGACCAAAAGGACCAAAAGGAAAUAAAGGACCAGUGGGGGAUGCUGGUGACCAGGGAAUGCUUGGGAAAAUUGGACCGAUUGGUGGCAAGGGUGACAAAGGAGCCAAGGGCUUAUCAGGGGUUCCUGGAAAGAAAGGAAAAGCAGGCACGGUGUGUGACUGUGGAAGAUACCGCAGAUUUGUUGGACAACUGAAUAUCAAUGUUGCUCGUCUUAAUACCUCCAUCAAGUUUGUAAAGAAUGUAAUAGCAGGUAUCAGGGAGACAGAUGAGAAAUUCUAUUACAUUGUGAAAGAAGAGAAGAAUUACAGAGAAGCCUUGAUCCACUGCAGGGACAGAGGAGGAACACUGGCCAUGCCUAAAGACCAGACAACCAAUGCCCUGAUUGCUGACUACAUCUCCAGCAGUGGUCUCUUCCGAGCCUUCAUUGGGCUGAAUGACAUGGAAAAAGAAGGACAGUUUGUGUAUGCAGACAACAGCCCACUGCAGAACUACAGUAACUGGAAGCAAGGGGAGCCUCACGACCCAGCUGGCCGCGAGGAUUGUGUGGAAAUGCUCAGCACAGGAGAGUGGAACGACUCUGAGUGCCAAGUCACCAUCUACUUUGUAUGUGAAUUCCUCAAGAAGAGGAAAUAAAAGUGCCAGAGAAUGUGCCUGGCACCUGCUGUAUAUACAAUAAACCAUCUUCAUUCAUCCACUGUAGGGAGAGUGAAUCAGGGGUAGUCAACUAGGGAUAGGAACUUAAUCUAGCCUUCACAUCAUCAUGUUAAGCAAGAGUAGCUACUCUUUAGUCAUCAGUGACAGUAAAGUCAGCAAAGGUCUGCAGAGGGCAUCCAGCCAGUUGUGAAUUUUUAUUUCAUUUAUACAUGUAUUUUAGGGUGGGCAUUUCUAUGUGUAAUUUAGGGGUAAAUUUAGAGUUUGCAGAGGUGAAUAUAAUUUCACCAAUGCCAGAAAUAGUAAGCUCAUUGGUAUAUUAAUCACUGAUGUGAUUUGUGAAGUCCACAAAGUGGAAAAAAAGUGAAAGAGUGCGAUUUUCACUAAUCUCUGACCUGUGCAGGAAGUCCCAGUAAUCUCCCUGGUGACUUCAGAGCUGAGAGAACAGAUUUACAGCUUCUCUUGAAAAAAUUCUUCGUUUAUUAGAAUCAUAGAGUAAUCUGAGGUGGAAGGGAUCUCUGGAAGUAAUCUGGUUGAAUCAUCCAUGCAAAGCAAGGCCAACUUCAAACUUAGAAGUUGGAAUACUCCCUUAAUUUGACUGUGCAAUUAUAUUGCCUGAUAUGCAUUUAUCUGGACUUCUGCAAAGCCUUUGCGUGGAUGCCCACAACAUCCUUCUCUUUAAAUUGGAGAGAGAUGGAUAUGCUGGGUGAGCUAUUAGACGAAUAAAGAAUUGGUUGGACUGUCACAUCUGGAUGUUAGUGGUUGAUGGUUCAGAGUCCUGAUGGUCAUCAAUGACAAAUGUUGUGUGUGUCCCUCAAGGGUCCAUUUUGGGACCAGUGUUAUUUAAUAGCUUCAUUAAUCACACGGACAAAAGGAUUGAGUGCACCCUCAGUAAAUUUGCAUA